CCUAAUACAGAAGAAGAGUUGAAGGCCUUGAUAUAUUGGCGAAUAGAAAGGAUAUAUGGGGAAUUAACAGAAGCAUGUCAACAGGAAGUAGAUAAAAUAAAAAAAGUGCAAAAUCGACAAAAAGAAUAUUAUGAAAAAAGAAAUUAA